AUGACGGCGGUGCUUUUUUCUGUUGCCAUUUUCUGUGGAGUUGACAACGCUUUGCCACAGAUUUUAGGUGGCCGGCUGGCGACGAUUCCAGGGUUUCAGCCGGAAGGUUCAAACGCGUUUGCUUUUCAUCCUUCCAGAACAACGACCGGUGAAGCCUUUCUUGCCAUCAAUGCUCAUCAGCCAUUAGAAGGACCGACAGCAUUUUAUGAAGCACAUGUACAAACAGAACAAGGCUGGAAUAUGCUGGGCGGGCUGCUGGCAGGUGGGUGUGUAAUUCUCCACGGCACGAAUGAAAACCUCGGAUGGGCACAUACCGUGAAUUACCCUGAUAAAAUCGAUAUCUACCAGCUUGAGAUGAACCCGGCCAACAAAAACCAAUAC